AUGGCUAUGAUGAUGGUGAAAAGUGAAGAAAAUGUUGGAAGGCGUCGCAUAUGUGUGGUGGAUGGAGAGGCCCUAGAAGCUAGGUGUGUCAAGAGAAGGAGAAGAGAUGCUGCUGCUGCUGCAGCUGCACUUGGCUGCGAUAAUAAAGAAACGCAGCCACUGCCAAAUCAUCAAGUUGAGCAAACUUCUGCCCCCACCACCGUGAAGAGAAGUUCAAGGUUUCGUGGUGUCAGCAGACAUAGAUGGACCGGCCGAUUUGAAGCACACUUGUGGGAUAAACUUUCUUGGAAUGCAACACAGAAGAAGAAAGGAAAGCAAGUUUACCUUGGUGCUUAUGAUGAAGAAGAAUCUGCAGCAAGAGCAUAUGAUUUAGCUGCACUUAAGUAUUGGGGGAUAUCAACUUUUACCAAUUUCCCGGUGCCUGAUUAUGAGAAGGAGAUUGAAAUAAUGCAAACUGUAACAAAAGAAGAGUACUUGGCAUCUUUAAGAAGAAAAAGCAGCGGCUUUUCAAGAGGUGUAUCCAAGUACAGGGGAGUUGCAAGACACCAUCACAAUGGCAGAUGGGAAGCUAGGAUAGGGAGAGUUUUUGGAAACAAGUAUCUUUACCUCGGAACAUACAGCACCCAAGAAGAGGCUGCUCGUGCUUAUGACAUUGCAGCAAUCGAAUACAGGGGCAUUAACGCGGUGACCAACUUUGAUUUGAGUACUUACAUCAGAUGGUUAAAGCCGGGAACAAGCACUCCAGUGGUUGCUCAAGAACCAGAGACAGAGCUGCCUCAGGCAAUGCCAACCUCUAGCUUCAUUUCCGAGGAGUCCCUGUCCAUGUUCAACACGAGUGAUUUCACCAUAGAUAGUUUGAACAUUCCUCAAAAGCAAGAAGAACUGUUCCAAAGGAAAUUCCCAGUUAGCUCGGGCAACAAAUCCUCUUCUCCCACGGCACUUGGCCUCCUCCUUCGAUCUUCCAUAUUUAGAGAAUUGGUGGAGAAGAAUUCGAAUGUUAGUGAAGAUGAAAAUGAUGUGGAAGACACAAAGAACAAUCCACAGACAUGUAGUGAUGACGAAUAUACCGGGAUAUAUUAUGAUGGAAGUGGAGAUAUCCCAUUUAUGCUGUCUUCCAACAGUCUUUGGUAUUGA